AUGCCUCAGCCCAACCCCCUUCUUUCUGCCUCUUGCCCCUGUCUUCCCGCUCUCCCAGGGACGUUGCCUCAUGGACGUUGCCUCAGGGACGUUGCCUCAGAUAAGUUGCCUCAGGGACGAGGUAGAUGGUGGUCCGGUGGACAUAUUGGCAUUGCUGCUGGAGAACCCUUAGUCCUCUCCUUGCGUCUCUCUCCUGCUCUCCUCUCCUCAGCAUUCUCCUCCCUUCCCCCUCCUCCCAUCAUCCCUCUCUCCCCAGGGACAAGGGACGAGGUGGACGAUGAGGUGGACGACGAGGUGGACAUAGUGGCAUCGCUGCUGGGGGAUGUGAUGGCUGACUGGACCCAUAAUUCCUCUGCCCUGCUCUGCUUCUCCCUCUCCUCCCUCGCCAGGGACGAGGCAGACGGCGAGGUGGAUAUAGAGGCAUCGCUGCUGGGGGAUGUGAUGGCCAAUGAGAAUCCGUUUCCCCGCCUCUUCCCUCUCUUCCCUCUCUCUCACACCCAUCCCUCUUGCCGCAGAGACGAGGGACGAGGUAGACAACGAGGUGGACAUGAUGCCAUUGCUGCCAGGGGACGGUGUGACUGGCUGGACCCAGGAUUCCUUGGCUCUGCUUCGUAUAUCCGCCUCUCCUUUUGCCCCAGGGACGAGGUAGACGAUGAGGUGGACAUAGUGGCGUCACUACUGGGGGAUGUGAUGGCAUACAGAGCCGUGGGGGCCAGUCACCUGGAGCUGCUCGCAGGCCUCGCCCUUCUCCAAGCCAAUCGCCCGCCGCCAGCUGUCGAUGCCCCCCUCUCCUCCUCCUCCUCCUUUUCCCACCCCACCCAUCUCAACACACUACCAUCCACCACCGCUGCCACCCCUCUCUCCUCCACCACCACCACUGCACCCUCUGUCUUUGAUUCUCUCAACUCUAAUACUGCCACCAGCAGCACUGCAGGCAGCAGCAUGAGGGGCGUUGACAGAAGCAAUGCAAGGAGCGGGCGUGGGGUUAGCAGGGUUGGAAGCGAGGGGAGCAGCAGCAGCGACAGGUUAGCAGAGGGGGGUCCCUUCCCCUCCCCCUCUGCCUCUGUGCCGAUAACCCUCAUUGAGGAAGCUGCGGCUCUGCUGCCCCUUGCUAUUGCUGCCUAUACGGGGUCCAUUCCAUUCCCCUCCCACCCUGCCUCUGUGCCGAUAAGCCUCGUUAAAGAAGCUGCGGCUCUGCUGCCCCUUGCUAUAGCUGCUUACAUGGUGGGUGCUUGGUUGGUUGCACGGUCCAUUAUUGGAUAUGGGGCGGUAUCCUUUCACCUUUGCAUGCGCGUGGGUGUGGAGGCAAGGAAUGUUCUUCCCAUGACAGCAGUCCAGGGGCAUUGCAUGCCUGCAUCCCUUGCCCCACUCCCCUGCCCCACUCCCCUGCCCCACUCCCCUGCCCCACUCCCUUGCCCCACUCCCACAUACCCCGCACUUCAAGGUGAUAACUGGUGGAGGGGGCAUGCGUCCGCCUUCCUCAAGUACCUUCACCUGCCGCCCUCCGCUCUCAGGAAGGCGAGGGUCAGACAGGUGAGACCUGGGACAGCAUCCCAACAGCAACAGCCAGAGCUGAGGCUGCGGGCUUCUGAGCAGCAGCCACAAGAGCAGCAGCAGCAGCAGCAGCAGCAGCAGCAGGAUCAGAAUCAGCAGCUGCAGGCGCAACAGCAAAUGACCAUGCUUGCUGUUUCUGGAGCAGGGACAGUAUUGUCAGAUAUUCGCAACAUGCACACUCCUCCCAUCUCCCUGGGGGCUCUGCUGGGUAGACACCCAUCCAAGCCACAGCAGCAGCAGCAGCACCAGCAACAGCAGCAGCCACUGCAGCUGCAGCAACAACAACAGUACCAGCAGCAGCAUCAGCACCAGCAUCAGCAGCAGCAGCAGCAGCACCAACAACAACAGCAACAGCUACUCAUCUCAGCCUCCCCUCCCUCCCUUGACCCUCCUUUUCAGCCUCCUCUCCAUCCUCUCCCUUCAUCCCUCCCCGUGCCGCGUCCCCCUCCUCUUCCUCACUCCCCUCUUCCCACUCUCCCUCACUCCCCUCCUCACCACCUUUACUCACCUCCUCCCAUCCUCCCGCACUCCCCUCCACCGCUCUCCUCCGCGUUGAAUCUGCUGCAGUCCUCUUCCCGGGGGUCUGAGUGGGGGAGGAGGGUUGCGGCUUUGGCAGAAGCUACCACUGCUUGGCUGGCUACCUCAGAGGGUCGAAGGUACAAGAAGCGUGAGGACGAGCAAGAGGUGUAUUUUGAGGCGCCUCAAAAUACACCUUUAGCAGAAGCCACCACUGCUAGACUGGCUGCCUCAGAGGGUCGAAGGUACAAGAAGCGCGAGGACGAGCAAGAGGUAGAGGGUCAACGUGAGCAGAGGGAGCAACAGCAUAUGAAGCAGCAGAAGAUCCAGCAGCAGCAGCAGCAUCAAGAGGGGUAUGAAGUUGGUCUUGAAACGGCCGGACCUCCUGGGUUUGAGACAGCUCGAAACUCAGUACCACCAGGUUUCCAGCUAAGAGCAGGCGAGGAAGGGCGGGGAAAAGGAGGGGAGGAGAGGAGGGACGAAGAGCGAGUGAGGUCAGAGGAAAGAGAGGAGGGAGGGAGUGUGGAGGCAGAAAAGGAUGUGGAGGAGGGAGGAAACGAGAUGGUGAAGGGGGUUCAAGAGAGGGACAGAGAUGUGGAGAUAUGGAGGGUUCAGGAUUGUAGAGGGCAGAGUGACAGGAGGGAGGAGAGGCAUGAGGGAAAUAUGAAAGAGAAGGCAGGGGAAGGAGAUAGAGGGAAGGGAGAAAGAGGGGGGAAGAGAAAGGAGGAAGCAGAGGAGGAGCAGGAGCGUGAUGUUGAGGGAGGUAGAGUGAGAGGGAAGAGUGGAGGAGGUGAGAUGGUUGGGGCGCUGGGUGGGAACGAGUGA